AUCGGCCGGAUCUCCGCAGAUGGGGCCAGAGUUGCCCGCAUCCAGAUGGCCAGGCUGGGGGACCUUUGGGCUGCUGGUGGGAGGAUCGCCUUGGACCAGUGCUGUAGGACUUGGCGGCUCCCCCAACCCUCUGAGCUUCGGCCUGCUGAACUCUGACCUCUGGCCCUGGCUUUUGCUCUGAUGGUGGGGGCAGGUAUGGUGGGGAAGGAGGGAUGUUAGGAUUUCUUUGGCCUGCAAAGUAGGUGGGGCAUGAGUGCCUCAGGGCUGGGAGAGAUGUGUGUCCAUGUAUGUGUGUGAGUGUGAAUCUGUGCCUAUCUGUUGACUGUGUCACUGUGUUCAAUAUUUUGUGUGCAUUCGUGAGUGUGUAAAUUCCUUACAGGGCUGUUGUGUGAACAUGUCUGUUAUGAGUUAACAUCUUGGAGUGUGUAUGCAAAAGGUAGAUCUUUUUGUGUCUGUGUGUUUGAGUGUGUAUCAGCCUUGUGUCUGUGUAUGCUUGUGGUUCUGUGAAUGUGUGUGAGGUGUAUAUCAGCUAGUGUGUGCAUUUGUGCAUUUAUUGGUGUAGGAAUAUAUCAGCUUUGUGACUGUGCAUCACGGGGAUAUGUGAAGUUGUCUGAGCAUGUUUGAACAUUUAAGAGCGUGUACCUGUGUCUCCUUGAUUGUGCAAGUAAGUAUCUGUUAUAUGUGUGUGCCCUGCGUGCUGGUGAGUGUGCAAGGGCAUAUCUGUUAUAGGUGCAUGUAUCUGGUGGUCUGCAAGGGUAAGCACAUGGGUUUUUUGUUGUGUGUGUGCAUCUGUGUAUGUGAAUGUGUAAGGAAAAGUCAAUGUUGUACAUGUGUGGUUGUAUGCAGGUGUGUCAACCUUGAGGGUAUGUGUCUAAGUUGUGAGUCCAUUUAUGCAUCAUUGUUGGUCUCUCAGAGUGAGGUUGUGUAUGUUCAAACAUAUAUGUGCAGGAUUGUAUGCACACACAUGCCUGUGUCCCUGGCACAAGACUGACCCUGCUUCUGGGCCCAGUGAGGUUGGGGCCCAUGUGGCAUGACCUGUGCUAUGCUGGGGUCCAGCCUGGUCUAUGGACACAAGUGUGUCCACAUCCCAGGCCACGAGCCAAUGGAGGGCAGAGGGCACAGAGAUCGUGCUGGUGUGUCCAUGGAAAUACAAGUGUAGAGACUCAGGUUGUGGACUCAUGUACUGGCCCAGGCCCUGACUCCCUGAAGAGAGAUGAAGAAACCGAGAUUCAGAGAGGUUCAGACACUUGCCCGAGGUCACACAGCUAGUCUUACUGUCCACUCCUCCCCCCUUCCCCCUGCACCAUGGCUCCGGGCCCCUUCUGCGCGCUGCCCUCGCCACCGCCUGCUGCCCUGUCCUUUCUGCUGCUCCUCUGGGCCGGGGCAUCUCGCGGCCAGCCCUGCCCGGGCCGCUGCAUCUGCCAGAACGUGGCGCCCACGCUGACCAUGCUGUGCGCCAAGACGGGCUUGCUGUUCGUGCCGCCGGCCAUCGACCGGCGCGUGGUGGAGCUGCGGCUCACAGACAACUUCAUCGCGGCCGUCCGCCGCCGGGACUUCGCCAACAUGACCAGCCUGGUGCACCUCACCCUCUCCCGUAACACCAUCGGCCAGGUGGCAGCCGGCGCCUUUGCUGACCUCCGCGCGCUCCGCGCUCUGCACCUCGACAGCAACCGCCUGGCCGAGGUGCGCGGCGACCAGCUGCGGGGCUUGGGCAACCUCCGCCACCUGAUCCUCGGCAACAACCAGAUCCGCCGGGUGGAGUCGGCGGCCUUCGACGCCUUUCUGUCCACCGUGGAGGACCUGGAUCUGUCCUACAACAACCUCGAGGCCCUGCCCUGGGAGGCCGUAGGCCAGAUGGUGAACCUGAACACCCUCACGCUGGACCACAAUCUCAUUGACCACAUCGCCGAAGGCACCUUCGUGCAACUUCACAAACUGGUUCGCCUGGACAUGACCUCCAACCGCCUCCAUAAACUGCCCCCCGAUGGGCUCUUCCUGAGGUCCCAAGGCCCUGGGCCCAAGCCGCCCACGCCACUCACGGUCAGCUUUGGGGGCAACCCCCUGCACUGCAACUGCGAGCUGCUCUGGCUGCGGCGGCUGACCAGAGAGGACGACCUGGAGACCUGUGCCACCCCUGAGCACCUCACUGACCGCUACUUCUGGUCCAUCCCGGAGGAGGAGUUCCUGUGCGAACCCCCGCUGAUCACCCGGCAGGCGGGGGGCCGGGCCCUGGUGGUGGAGGGCCAGGCAGUCAGCCUGCGGUGCCGGGCGGUGGGUGACCCUGAGCCGGUGGUGCACUGGGUGGCACCCGACGGGCGGUUGCUGGGGAACUCGAGCCGGACCCGGGUGCGGGGGGAUGGGACACUGGAUGUAACCAUCACCACCUUGCGGGACAGCGGCACCUUCACUUGCAUCGCCUCCAAUGCCGCCGGGGAAGCCACGGCCCCCGUGGAGGUGUGCGUGGUGCCUCUGCCGCUGAUGGCGCCCCCGCCGGCGGCCCCGCCGCCUCUCACCGAGCCGGGCUCCUCCGACAUUGCCACGCCCGGCCGGCCUGGUGCCAACGAAUCCGCCGAGCGCCGGCUGGUGGCGGCGGAGCUCACCUCCAGCUCCGUGCUCAUCCGCUGGCCGGCGCAGAGGCCGGUGCCCGGCAUCCGCAUGUACCAAGUGCAGUACAACAGCUCCGCGGACGACUCCCUCGUCUACAGGAUGAUCCCCUCCACCAGCCAGACCUUCCUGGUGAAUGAUCUGGCAGCGGGCCGCGCCUACGACCUGUGCGUGCUGGCAGUCUACGACGACGGGGCCACGGCGCUGCCGGCCACGCGAGUGGUGGGCUGCGUGCAGUUUACCACGGCUGGGGACCCGGCGCCCUGCCGCCCGCUGAGGGCCCACUUCUUGGGCGGCACCAUGAUCAUCGCCAUCGGGGGCGUCAUCGUCGCCUCGGUCCUAGUCUUCAUCGUUCUGCUCAUGAUCCGCUACAAGGUCUACGGCGACGGAGAUGGCCGCCGCGUCAAGGGCACCUCCAGGUCCCCGCCGCUCGUCAGCCACGUGUGCUCGCAGACCAACGGUGCGGGCGCGCCGCAGGCCCUGCCCCCGCCAGCGCAGGACCGGUACGAGGCGCUGCGCGAGGUGGCGUCCCCGGCUGCAGCCGCGGUGGCGGUGGAAGCAAAGGCCGCGGUGGUAGAGACGGCUUCCGCAGACCCAGAGGCCGUCCUCGGACGCUCCCUGGGCGGCUCGGCCACCUCUCUGUGUCUCCUGCCGUCGGAGGAAACCUGCGGGGAGGACUCUCGAGCCGCGGUGGGUCCUCGGAGGAGCCGUUCUGGGGCCCUGGGGCCACCAGCUUCGGCGCCCCCCACUCUAGCUCUGGUUCCUGGGGGGGCUCCGGCCCGGCCGAGGCCGCAGCAGCGUUAUUCGUUCGACGGGGACUACGGGGCGCUCUUCCAGAGCCACAGUUACCCGCGCCGCGCCCGGCGGACAAAGCGCCACCGGUCCACACCUCACCUGGACGUGGCCGGAGGGGGCGCGGCCGGGGACGACGGAGACCUGGGGCUGGGCUCCGCCAGGGCGCGCCUGGCCUUCACCAGCACCGAGUGGAUGCUGGAGAGUACCGUGUGAGCGGCGGGCGGCGCCGGGACGCCUGGCGCCGCGGACCAGGCCCAGCCGCCCAGACCCCAGGGAGGACUUGGGGAGAAAGCACAGCGCCGAGACCUCUGACUGGAGGGCCCUUCUCCUCCCAGGAGGGGGCGCUGCGGCCUCAGGCUGAGGCUGGAGGCCACGCCCCUGUCCUGGGGAGCUAGGGGGCGGGGCCGCUGGGCUCCUCCCCGGAGGACUCCCGCCCCCUCGCCCCUCCCCCAGCGCGCUCGCGGACCUCGCUGGAGCCGGUGCCUUACACAGCGAAGCGCGGGGAGGGGCAGGGCCCCCCGACACUGCAGCACUGAGACACGAGCCCCCUCCCCCUGCCCGGGACCAGGGGCAGGGGCGAGGGUCCCAUUUCUUGUAUCUGGCUGGACUAGAUCCUAUUCUGUCCCGCGGCGGCCUCCAAAAGCCCUCACCCCCAGCCCAUUCACCUCCCUGGUCCCCGACGGGUCUGGCUUGGGGUCCCCUUUUCUCUGUCCCCCUCUUCUGUCUCUGUCCCGCUCUGUCUUCUCUGUCUUAAUGUCUCUGUCCUUCCCUAUUUGUCUCUUUUUUCUCUGUCCCGUUGUCUCUUCUCCCUCUGCCCUCCCGUAUUUUGUCCAGCCUCCCUGUCUCUCCUGAUUACCUCCCCCCACUACAUAUUCUCCCGGGCAGGUCCCACUGGAAGGACCAGACUCUCCCCUAUUCCUUCCUCUUUCCCCAAAUAAAUCCCCACAUGAACAAAAUCCAAAACAAAGUCCUCCUCCCUACUGGAGCCAGGACCCUCCGCCGCAGCAGAAUUAAACUUUUUUCUGUGUCUGAGGCCGCUCUGCUGACCUCUGCCUGUGUCCUUGUGUCUUUGGGGUGGGGGGGUAACCUGGAUCACAGCAUAAGGACUAAGUGAGACUGAAGGAAAGAUGGCUAACUGGGCCCAGGCAGACUUGCAGACAAUGUCCUAUCCUCUGAGAGACUUAGAGGUGGGAAAUAUAAUAAAAUGAUAAUAGCUAA